CGCCAUGAAGUCACAGAGCAGGAGCAGCAGCAGCAGCCGCCUCCUCCUCCUCCUCCUCCUCCUCUCCCUGGUGGGGCUCCUCACUUUCAGUCCUCAGGUGCUGGCCACGUCUGGACAGAACGUUACAGGUGGGAACGUUACAGUCGCAGACAGAGCUGGCACCUGCCCGCCCAACACAGAGAGCGUGACCAGCAGUGGCAACUGCACAGAAGGGUGCCAAUCGGAUGCCAGCUGUGGAGGGGCCCUGAAGUGCUGCCCGGCUGGCUGCGGGACUUCCUGCCAGGUCCCAAACGAUAAGCCAGGUUCCUGCCCAGAAUCAACCUUUGGAAUCUCAGGUCUGGGCUUGUGCAGAGACAACUGCAGAAAUGACUCCGAGUGCCCAGAUAUCCAGAAAUGCUGCAAGAAUGGCUGUGGCAUGCACACCUGCUCCAUCCCCAACUGAGAUGCAGCCCAAACAGUGCAGAGCGUGGUUGAGGUUGGGGAAGCUGCUCCCUCCCUAGACCUGGUCCCUGAUGGUGUGUCCAGAAGGAUCUCCUUUCUCCCCAGCAUCUCCUGCUCUGCUCUCCACACAGGCUGGCCGCUCCUUCCGUCUCCCGGCCGGCUGGGGCCCUCAUGCACUUGGGCAGUAAAGCUCUCACU